CGAUGCGCGCGCGCACCGUGCCGGUUGGCUCCUCGGGCCUUCUCGGGGCCCUUGCGAUUAUUGCCCUCCUAGGGUCCGCGUCAGGAGAGACCCUGGGCCCGUUGACUGCUGGUCUCCCUCCGUUCCUGGCCAGCAAUUUUGAAGAGCUCGUGAAAACUGCCGCGGCCAGUUGUGAGAUCCUGCCCCUGGAGGUGUUAUUCUCCAGGCAGUACACCUCCGAGCUGCCCCUCCUGGACGUGGUGGAGUUCACCCGGACCGGCCGCCGCUCCUACCGCGUCGCCAACGCCCACCUCCGCCUCCGCGAACACCCGCGACCCGCCGCUCUCAUAGUCUACAUCCCCGGGUGGUUGAACUCCCCAAACGACGAAGCCGCACAAGCGUUAGUCACGGCUCUACUCAGAAAAAACCCAAUAGUCUUAGUCAUUGAUACGCGCCUCGCCUUCCAUCGAGGAUACAUCUCCUCGGCGUCAAGAGUCAAGGCUCUAGCCAAUCUGCUGUACAACUUCAUCAAAAACGUCUACAGAGAAGGCAUACCUUUAUCAGCCGUACAUCUGAUAGGAUUCAGCCUCGGAGCCCACGUGGCAGGUAUCACGGGGAAGCUGGUUAAAAAAGGGUUGAAGGAAAGGAUUGGAAGAAUUACAGCUCUUGAUCCGGCGAGACCGUGUUUUGUCAGAUUAGCUGAAUACAGGCUGGACAAAAAUGAUGCACAGUUUGUCCAAGUGGUACAUUCUAGCGCCGGGAUUUUAGGAUUAGAGAAUCCUGUGGGUCAUGCUGAUGUGUACGUGAACGGAGUGCUGGUGAAGCAGCCAGAGUGUCGGGACAGGAGUAUCACUUUAGAGUGCGACCAUGCGCAGGCGUGGAGGCUUUAUUCGGAGUCUGUCCAGAAUGAUCGAUCUUUAAUGGGAAGAGAGUGCCGAUCUUGGAACGAGCUGAUGCGUGGAGAGUGCAGUGGGAACGAGACCGUGGUAGGCUACUCCUGCAGUUCCUCGUCACGAGGAAUGUAUUUGUACAAAUCUGAAAAAGCUAGGAGCAGACGAAAAGAGCCACGUCUUCAGAUUUUCAAUCCAUUUGAUCCAUUUUCGUGGGUAUAGAUUAUGGGAGAUUAAGAUUGCAAUAUUCUGAGAUUUUUGAAUUCUUAUAGAAAUAUUUAGCUAAAAUCAUAGCUAUUUGAAUACCUCGCGCAUGAGUGCUACAUCUGUGAUAUUAGGCGUACUAUAGAUAACAA